CUGACUAGUAGGCAAUGUGUAGGUGGCUCCAUGGAGGUUGCAUGAUGAUAUACAGUACCUUAGCUGUAAAGUACAGAUUUUACUUCCCUUUGACGUACAUGUGCGCUAUACUGAACUCUUUCUCUGGUACACGUGCGUUCUUGUUUGUUGAACCAGGCAAUGUUCUGGGUGUGGUCGGUGUAUGCGGCCGGUGGCCCAAGGAGAAGUACGACUUUGCCAGCGCCAGGGCCGCCGCCAAGUCCAUAGCUGCGGACAAUGAGAACGCGCUGGUUUUCGCCGAGUCCUUGCUGGUGUGUACGGUUCUGGACGAUGGUCAGUUGUCCUGUGAAAGUUGCACGUCAGCUGGCAGUUACGCAUCUGUCGACAUCACGGGUGCUGAUGGCAAGUGCUGUCCUUCUAGCCUAGCGGAGACUGCGAUGCUGUGCCGUGUGAAGGCGUCAUUGAGUCUCAGUUUCCAGUUUGCUGCGAAUGAAACUGGGAAGAGUUGCCAGUCCUUGGCGGAGGAGUUUGGCCGAGUUCAUGACAAGCUGUCGUCUGAUCGCUCGGCGUUCUUCAUUGAUUCCACGCUGGUGACGCGUAAUGCAGACAGUGCAACAAGCAUCGGAGAUUUGCGAUCAGGAUCUGGGCAGCAGCGUGGGCAGAACGAAGCCAUCGUCCCAAUCCAGCAGUCCUUCCAAGUUUCGUCGGCCAAAGAGGAGAACCACGUGCCCAUCGUUGCCACUGAAACGUGUGUUGGCGAGCGCAUCCACCUGUUGUGCCCCCUGGAUGCUAUGCUGCUGGUCCGUAAGUCCACCUCCGCUCCACGGCUGCACUCUCUGUGCACGUCGGCCCUGACCAGCCAGCUGUCCCUGCUGCGGUCUAAGCUGGAAUCGUCCAUCCAGAGUGGUGCAUCGCUAUGCACGCAUCGCCCGUACCACUUCAACCUGCCUCACUCUCCGCACCACACUGCCACCGUCUUCUAUCCGAAUCGAUCGCUUGGCAGCAACGAGGUGGUCGACGAAGGCACAUUGGAGUCGACACGGCGAGAGCUACACCACCGGUUCAACCUGCCGAUGAACAUGCCGCUGCUGCGCAAGCACAUGACACUCGGAGCUCAGCAAGCCGCCGGUGGCUACUUGACGAACGUGCACAAUGGCCUGAAUCUAUCAUCAAACAGCGGCGGCGAGGUCUCACUGGUGCAGGGUGUCUAUGCGUAUCACCAUUACAUGCAGGAUAGAUUUAACGACGAUGGCUGGGGCUGUGCGUACCGGUCCCUGCAGACACUCUGGUCUUGGUUCAAGUUACAGGGAUACACCGGCUUAGAUGUCCCAUCACACCGUGACAUUCAACAGGCCUUGGUUGAUGUUGAAGAUAAGCCACCCAAGUUUGUAGGCAGCCGGCAGUGGAUCGGUUCAAUUGAAGUCCAGACUGUGCUCAACCAGCUAAUGCAGGUGGAGUCGCGUAUCUUGUUUGUGAUGAAUGGUGCCAGUAUGGCGAGUCAUGCUCGUGAAAUCGCCAUGCACCUUCGGCAGCAGGGCACUCCCAUCAUGAUCGGUGGUGGAACACUUGCCCAUACGAUUAUCGGAAUUGACUUCAACGACCGCACCGGUGAUGUACGGUACUUGAUUCUUGAUCCACAUUACACUGGCGGUGAAGACAUUGGUAUUAUUCAUGCCAAGGGUUGGUGCGGCUGGAAGAGCAAUUCCUUCUGGGACAAACAGGCUCACUACAACAUGUGCAUGCCACUCCGACCAGAUAUUAUCUAGGGACGGGCAGAAACCAGCAGCUCAUGAAACAGUUUUGAAAUGCAGCACUUAUGCUAUAAAUAUUGUAUUGUUGUAUAUUCUUCUUCAACAUUUGCCUAAAAAAUUCCUCUACAAGCAACUUAUCAAUUUGCACUGUCGCAUUGGCAUUAUUUAUACUUACUUGCUUGUACUUUGUAUAUAACCCAUUUAGUAUUAUUAAUUUAUUAUGUACAUCCAUUUAGGUUUGGUAAAAAAAUAUUAGAUAUACCACUAUAGUUUAGUUUCAACGUUACACAUUCUUUCUCGCCAGCUAAGCGUCCUCUCUCCUCCGUUUAUCUAUUUUAAAUGUACAUGACAUCCAUGUAGAAUUGGUUGUGCGGCUGCUUCAUGGCCUGGCGGAAGCUCUGCUGGCUGACAGCCAAGUGUGCAGGCAACUGGAUUUGAAGUCCGGCUUGUUGCUGAUGCUGCUGCUGAUGUGGAGAAAUGUCACUGGCCGCCAAGGACACAUUGUCCACAUUCUUGCCAUUCCUUCUGUUGGUGAGAAGCGGCGAUGGCGAUUUGGGAUGCGGCGACUUGGAAUGCGGCGACUUGGAAUGCGGCGAUUUGGAAUGCGGCGACUGCACAUCAGCGGAAUGCGACAUGCUGGUCAUGUCGGUGUCUACCAUUUGCUUGCCAUUCUGCUGUGCAGUCAUGCCACUGGCGGGUGAUAGAGGGACAGCACUGGAUAGCGUGUUGAGACUGGACAUGCUGCCGCGACGCAGCUUGCUGGCGAUGCGCGACAAGCGCUCCUUCUCCUUGUCCGACAGGUUGUUGCUGCUGCUGACGGACAUGGCGUCGAAGUGGCGUCUGAUCUUGCGAUACUGGUUGGCGGCCACGCGGCUGGCGCUGGUGAUGGUGCUGGCGCUGCUGUCGACGCUGGUCACGCUGCCGUUGGGACUGUGCUGUUCCAGUGUGCCGUGGCCGCCGCCGGGGGAGUGUGCAUGGCCGUGUCCCGCCAUCACAUGGCUGUCCAGGCUGGAGGUCUCGGCGGCGGCGUUGCGGUGCAGCGAGGCCAGCGUCGACAUGGACAUGCUGUCGUACGGGCGUAGGUACUGGUGCAUGCGCUCAGAGUUGGCGCCUCCGCCGCUGCUGCUGUCCGUCAUCAUGCCCAUUGCUCUCGGGCCGGCGAUGGUGUAACUCAGUGGCGUCCAGGGACCUACGGGACGAUCCGAUCCGGCCACUUUGAUGUUGCCGUUCUUGCCGUUCUUGCUGGACUGCACUUGCAAGUGUGGGAAGUCUGCAUCAGUUAAACAAUGACCCAAACAAGCGAACAGGACGUCAGUGUACAGAUUUCAUGCAUGUAUGUAAAACCUGCUGUGACUGCCCUUGCGGGCAUAACCACUCCUCUGGCCACACAGAGAAUAUAGCUGCGCACUAUUCGUUCAGGCAGGCCAUUCCUUACCUUUCUUGGUGUGACCAAAGUGCAUGUAAGCAAGAAAAGAGCAGGACUUUGCGCAGCUUCAUGCUUUCAUCAUAGAAAGCCAAGUGGCGAAAACAAUCCACUCCCAAAAUCGCUCAGAUUAGGCGUAGCUGCAAGUAUUCAGUGAAUCUGUCCGUCUCGCUUCCUCACUCACCUUUGAUGAUUUCUGCUGAGAAGAUGUAGUAGCAUUGCUCACUGAA